AUGUCUGAAUACACUAUACUCGGCUUUUCCGAAAUCACAAUUCAAAAUUUGGAAGAAUUCACUCUUGAGGUAAAGAGAAGAGGUAGCCAAGAGAUCAGUCAGCUUUCAGAAAGAGAUCUUAGCCAGAUUAUCAACACCUUUAAUGUCUUUAACAAAAGCUACGACGAUGCAGACCUUUGGGAUGUCUUAAAACAAGCUAUUCUCUUGAAAUAUGAAGAGUAUAACAAAGAGAAUACUGAGCAUUUAAGGCUCGACAUUCUCUGUCUCCUCGCUAAAGGAUUCUCAUCCACGAAAACCCCUGAUCCUGAAAUGCAGUAUUUUAUUGAGAAAAAUAUCCAAAGGAUCAAAACACUCAGAGCCGCUGAUUCUAAGAACUUUAUUGAGUGAUGCCACGCUCUUGUGUGUAGAAAUUACAAGGCUUCAGAAAAAUGAAAAUUCUUCAUGAUUAGAUUUUUAGUAAAAGCCCUUUCAAACCUUAAGGAUGGAGACAAAUUUGUAGAAGCGAUGCAGUUCAUUGGCACAAUUGAAUAUCGUCACAUUCAGCUUCAUUUUAGGAAGAUUAACGGGAUCUGAAUCUCUAUUUUUACUGAGAACUUCUUCAAGUUCUCACCAGCAUCACUCUUGGUUACACUUGAUAAUAUGAAAAAGUUAGGAAUCAGACAUUCAGCUAUCCAUAAAUGCUUGAUGAAUUAUACAAAGAAAGUAGAGGGAAUUAUUGGGCAGUUAUCUCUUGUCGAGCAGAUUAGCUUCAUACAGAUCCUUAAUUACUGCAAUAAGCCAGAACUUGAGUAUCUUUAUACAGAAACUUUCUACUCGAUUAGCAAGAAUGUGAAAUCAGAAGCUGCUUUCGCUGAAAACUCAAGCACCCAUCAGAUGAAUAUUCAAGAGCUAAAAUUCUUGCUUAAAAGUCUUCUUGGCUGUGUUAAAAUUGCUGAUAAAAGUGCAACAAUCAAGGCUGUUAUAACUGAUCAGCUGAGUAAUCAAGAAGUCUUACCAAGACUACUCAAAAUUCUUAAGAAGUUCCCUGCUGAUUUCUUACAGAACGAGGAGCUGCCAGUGCCAACCAUUACCGACUCAUCUAAACUGUCAAACUACAUCUAUGCCCACCUCCACCUUGGCGCCAAAGAUCUGGAUCAAGAAAUUACUGAAGAUAUUUCUAAUAAGCUACAAACCGUUCCUGACGAAGAGCUUCCACAGAUAUAAACUGGCUUCUCAGAGAUUACCAUAGUCACGCUAUCUGGAAACAACUCAGACAGGUAAUGGUAGACAGAGUCAGAAAUCAAAUGAAACAAGAGACAAAACAGAAUGCUAGUUUGGUGAAUUCUCUUGUCAAGAUCGACCCAAGAGCCCUAAAGAAAGAUUUCUUAACGGAAGUGAACCCAUUUAUUGUAAAGAAUUUGAAUCUUCUCACAUUUGAGUCACUCUCGAUGCUGAGAAGUAAUAUCAUCAACUCCCAAAAAGUAGGACGUUUUUAUCAAGCAAAGUCUUCAGAUGAAGCAGGCAUCCAAACCUUGAUUAGCACACUCGAGAUGAGAAUGAUAGCUGUUGUGAACACCUACGGUCGUAGAAAGAUGUCCUUGCGACACCUAUAUACUGGAAAGACACUUGCGAGAAAAGCUUUGAUGCACUAAGAUUCAAUAAGC